AGUCAUUUGAAUAGCCCUUGCAACGAGAGAGACUCACUACAAGUCGCCGCUGCUUGAAACCUACUCAAAUAUCAAGAGAAGAGACGCACGGAUAAACCGCUAAAAAUACUCGCUUUGUAUUUAUUAAGUUUGGCCGUGUGGCUAUAUGUGUGUGUGAUAACAGGUGGAACAUACGAACGUAGUUUGGCUAGUUUUGUUUUUUACGGCUGACGUGAGCUGCAUCACAUCAAGGUGAUCAUGCCUCCCACAACCCCCCCAUAUGCCGGAAAGUUUAGCUCCUGCGGCCUGUACAGCAACAACAACAACUACCCGCAGCCUCACAGCCCAUAUCACCAUGCCACCUGUGCAAGACCCCCAAAGGAAAGCAACGUCUACCAGGGCGCUUACUCUGCAUCAGAGAACCCGUAUGACAUACCGCACGCUCAUCACACGUAUUGCGGCGUACCUGUGGACUCCUCCAGCAUGAAGGAGCAUCAUUACAACAGCAGGGGUUCCGCUUUGGACAACCUGUACUCCAGCGUGAGGCCUCACAGCCCGCGCCAGCACAGCACUUCCUGUCCCGCACGAGUGCACCGGCAAACCAGCAACAGCAGCGGCAGCGAGCAGUCCUGUCGUAGCAACCCCGCUGCAAAAAGUCAGCUUUAUGGACGUGGCAUCACUGCCAGCUACGGGGAAAUGUGUUACCAUGACAACAGUUUGGUUUCAGCAUCUCUCGAGGCCCUGAUCCAACAUUUGGUUCCCACAGUGGAUUACUACCCUGAUAGGUCGUAUGUGUUUACUUUCCUGCUGAGUUCACGCCUUUUCCUGCACCCUUAUGAGCUCAUGACACGAGUUUGUCACCUGUGUGUGGAGCAGCAGCGCUCUGGAGACGCCCUGCUGGAUAAGAUACGUUUCCGUGAAGUGGCGCCAAAGCUGGUGCAGCUGCUGACCGAGUGGACUGAGACCUUCCCGUAUGACUUCCGGGAUGAGCGAAUGAUGCGUUGUCUCAAGGACAUGACGCACCAUGUGGCCAGAGGGGACGAGUACUCAUGGCGAGCCAUGCAGCAGAUGACCCAGCGCCUUAUCAAACGCCUGUCGGCUCUGGGCCAAUACGAAGAGGCAAUAGCUGCGUUGAACUCUGUGGCCACCGAGCGUCCCGCCUCGCUGAAGAGCAAAAGGGAAUCAGCCCAAAGAAACGACAUACUGAGCUUAUGUGAUGACCCCUUCGUCCUCGCCCAGCAGCUCACGCACAUUGAACUGGACAGGCUGAGUUUUAUUGGGCCUGAGGAGUUCAUCCAGACAUUUGCCAUGAAGGACCCUCUGGAGAACCAUAAGGGUUUCUUCCGAAAGCGAAAGACCAGCAACCUUGAGGCUUACGUGAGCUGGUUCAACAGGCUGAGUUUCCUCGUGGCCACGGAAAUCUGCAUGCCGAUGAAGAAGAAACACAGAGCGCGGAUCAUCGAGUUCUUCAUCGAUGUCGCGCAGGAGUGUUUCAACAUUGGCAAUUUCAACUCCCUCAUGGCCAUCAUCACCGGGAUGAACAUGAGUCCUGUUGCCAGGCUGAAAAAGACUUGGAAUAAAGUCAACACGGACAAGUUUGAAAUCCUAGAGCAUCAGAUGGACCCGUCCAGCAACUUCAGCAACUAUCGCACGGCGCUCCGCGGCGCCACUCAGAGGUCCGAGACGGCACACAGCGUCGAGGAGAAGAUUGUCAUUCCUUUCUUCAGUCUCCUCAUUAAAGACAUCUACUUCCUGAACGAAGGCUGUGCCAGCAGGCUGCCCAAUGGACACAUCAACUUUGAGAAACUGUGGGAUUUGGCCAAGCAGGUGAGCGAGUUCCUGGUUUGGCGUCAGGUGAUCUGUCCAUUUGAUAGAGAUCGCAGAAUUCUUCAGUACCUCGUCACCACGCCAGUCUUCACUGAAGAUGAGCUCCAUCUGGCGUCUUACGAGAGCGAAGGACCAGAGAACAACAUGGAGAAGGACAGCCGGCGAUCUCUUCGAUCAUCUCUGCUGCAUCGAGAGAAUCGGUGAUGAGGACAAUCCCUUCCACUCCACACGAUGUAAAUACACACACGCGGUGACAGUGGGCUACUCCUACACCAUGGAGACAAACUGCUUGCAGGUAGUGGACGGUCUGCCUCGUCGUCUUGUUGAGCGCUUCAUUUUUAAUGGCAUCAGUUAAAAAUGUGAGUAUGUACACGAGCACGGCUCAAAAUAUUCCUUAGCGCACUUUGACCAUGUUUUGGUGAAACAAUGGCGUGACGUCAUGCAAGCUGAACAAUGCACUUCCUCCCUUCAUCAAGGAGGUUUUAUGUGUGCUUUUAGGCAUCUUCCUACAGUAUUCCAUUGUGUUUUGUAUCAAAUGUAUAACAAUGAAUGUUUUCACGUAUGUUGUAUCGCCAUGCUGGUGAGUGUUUGGAUGUGAAUGGAGAACAGCUUUAACACUAAAUGGGAAACAAGUCAUCUCCUUUCCUGAUGACUGUGAAGUUUCUUUGUGUAUAGAAAAAAAACUCAUUUUCUCUUGGAAAUGUUUUGUAAAGUGUUUAUGUUUAGUCUUUCCUGUGUAUUUGGUGUCUCUGGGUACUUUUACUGAAUAUAGAAAUAUAUCUAUUUUUUUCUCCCAAAUAAACAAUAAGAAUCACAAAUUCCAUCUUUUUUGCUUUUAGCCAAGUGAAAACACCAGGAUACAUAAAAAGAUAUUUAAUAACUAUUAUUUACAUUUAAUCACAAAACAGGACGAUGGUGUGAAGUCCAGAUACAUUUCUUGUGUUUCAGUCUCAGUGAACUCUGGUGAAGUUAAUGCAGCGGCCCUGCAAAUACAAAAAACACAAGUUUUGAUCUGUGUAAUUCUAUGUUUGUUGAUUUAUGUAUAAUUGUAUGCCUAAUUCGAUGUGUGAUUCUACGUUUGUUGAUCUGUGUAACUGUAUGUGUCUAGAAUUGAUAGACAUUGAUAUAGAUCAACAAACAUAGAAUCACACAGACAUGUAGAAUCACAAAUUGAAUUAGACACACAUGAUUUCACAGAGAUCAACAAACACACAUCAAAUAAGAUACAUACUAUUACACAUAGAACUAUACAUAUACGGAACCCCCCACACACUCAACAGUAUGUGUUUU